GGUCGAGAGAGGGGACAAAGUACAUAAGCACGUGAUAAGGUACAGAGUAAACCAGACCGACGGUCUCACGUCAUCCCGCCCCCCCCGGACAAAGCCUGGGCUUGGUGCAUGGUUGAUUGUUCUUGUCCUUGGCGACUCAGCCCUUGUUGCGCGGCUGGUGACGGUUCCGAGCAACGACCAACGGCCACCAAAGGCUCAGCCAUGCCGUCCAUUUUACCCCCCAGCUGCGCCCCCGAUAAAGAUCUCUGUCUUCCCCUGUCCUUCUCUCCCGAUUCCUUUCAGAUCAUUGUUGACCGUGCAUCGCUGUAUGUAAUAUCCGACAGAUCGUGAUUAAUCCUUCGACAUACUACAAGUACAUACCUCGACCAUUGUCAAUAUCGUCAACGCGCGUCAACUCGCCCCGCAUCAUCGCACACCUGGGCAGGUCCCCGCCCGCGCUGACUCGCGCUCCCCAGCAUCAACCAUCAUCAUGCUGCGAAAAAAAGACACAUUCACCGUGAUCACCCCCAUCCCGGGCUUUAUCCCACGCCAGCUAGCUAUCGAUAUCCUCCACUCGCACUCCGAGGUCAUCACACUGAACCCGCUCGUCAUCGGACACAAGCCCAUUCCAGCGCCACACAAUGCCGAAACGGACGAGUACUACUCUACCUGGUAUGAAAUUACGGAGCGCAUCCAACUCGUCCCCGGGAUCGGGAAGAUGGGCUCCUCGACUAUCCAGUUUAACGGCUGCUUCCAUGACAUGCCGUGGGGCCUGCAGACUCACAUCUAUGCGCCUAUGAACGUCGACCUCCGAAACAAGUACCGCAUUGCCGGCAACCAGUCUGGUGUGGAGGCACCUGAAAUCCCGGAGAUCGGUCUGAAGGGGCUCGGCGCGCCGUCGGACGGCCUGUACCUGAGGGAAGACAUCGAAAUCAAGUGCAAUCUCACAGUUCUCAGCUUUGUCAAGUCACAGUUGAGGAAGGCCGGUGGUGAGAUGGUUAAGCGCAUCAUCAAGAAGGCAGAGCUGCUGGAUGCUGGUGUGCUUCAGGCAAUGAUCGAGGACGGAAAGCUCAGGACGAUCAACCCGGCCGACCGAAGCCACCAGGCCAGAUCACCACUGCCGUCUCCGACGAGCCUCCGGUAUUCGCCAUCUGUCAGCGGUUCGCCCCCGUUGGGGUCACCGCCCGUGCCGUACCAAGUUCCCCGAGUGCAAUCGUCAUAUGCAGGAUACCAGCGGCCUAGCACCUCUGGUUCGCAGGGCGGCCCCGCGUACGGGACGCAAGAGGGUGCCCAGGAGCUGCCAGCCGCCCAGACAAGCCCGCCAGCACAAGCUCCCAUCGAAAUGCCCGGCGACUUUUAUUAUACGUCCCCCAAUUUCCAAUCGGACCGGCAGUCGCCGCCCCAGGCGUUCCGACAAUCGCCCCCCCAGAGCAACCGGGAGUCCUUCGUCGACCCACGCCAACCGUCCAACGCAAGCCCGAACCCAUCGGUGGGCGGACAGUGGACGACACCGGGUUCACGGCCCACCUCGACGUCCUCAGGUGCUCCGUCCCCCGGCCUGGAAAGCAAAGGUUUUCCGGCGCCGCUUGCCCCACACAAAGAGACUGCCGAGGAGCACCAGGACAAUAAUAAGAACGCGCCUACCCUUACGCCACAGCCCCCCCAAUACGUCCCAUACAACCCGGCCGACUACGCGAAGAGGCCGCCAGGGCAACCGCAGUACGGGCAUGGGGGGUCGGAUCCGAGGUAUAGUUAUACGUGAUGAAUGCUUGGCAAAUUGUACACAAAGGAUAUGGAAUCGCAUGAUGGCUUAUACCCAGGGGUUCGGUUUUGCUCUUUUUUGGCUAUGGGCGGGGCGUUCGGCGUCAAAAAUUAUACGUUGCAAAUGGCAGAUCUCGGGCGCUAAUUUUCAAGAGCGAACAAUUUGAUCCCAUGGUAUACCCCAGAUUAUAUACGUCUCGUUCAUCUCUA